GGAAGGGCCGCUGGGCACGCUUUCCGGACCGAGGUCGCUGGUAGCUGGAUAUGUCCUUUAAACUUCUGUGGCAAUUCAUUUGAGAAGAAAUGCAACUUCUUCUAUUGAGGAGUUCUUAUGCUAUAUUUAUCACUUAGUAUUUGAAGCUGAAGUGUCCUGAAGCUGCAGAAAAAUGGAGAAAACCAACAACAGCUCUGAAAAGGGAUUUCUUCUCCUGGGAUUUUCAGAUCAGCCUCAGCUAGAGUGGUUUCUUUUUGCCAUCAUUUUGUACUUCUACAUCUUGAGCCUUCUGGGGAACACUGCCAUCAUACUAGUAUGUCGUAUGGACUCCAGACUCCACACUCCAGUAUACUUCUUCCUCAGCAACCUCUCAUGUGUAGACAUCUGCUACACCAGUGUCGCCCCACAGUUGCUGGUUACCAUGAGUAAGAAAGACAAAACCAUGAGCUAGGGUGGCUGUGUGCCCCAGCUCUACGUGGCCAUGGGGUGGGGCUCAUCGGAGUGUAUUCUCUUGGCCGUCAUGGCUUAUGAUCUCUAUGCUGCUGUCUGCCGGCCACUGCAGUACACAGCCAUUAUGCACCCCAGGCUCUGUGAGUCUCUGGCCAGUGGAGCAUGGCUCAGCGGCCUCAUCACCUCCCUAAUUCAGUGCUCCCUCACUGUGCAGCUGCCCCUCUGUGGUCAUCGCACACUGGAUCAUGUUUUCUGUGAGGUGCCAGUGCUCAUCAAACUGUCCUGUGUGGAUAUGACUUUGAAUGAGGCAGAACUCUUUGUGGCCAGUGUAGUCUUUCUAAUUGUCCUGGUGUUACUCAUCUUAGUCUCCUAUGGCUUUAUCACCCAAGCUGUGUUAAGGAUAAGAUCAGCUGUGGGCCACCAAAAGGCCUUUGGGACCUGUUCCUCUCACCUGGUUGUGGUCAUCAUUUUCUAUGGGACCAUCAUAUUCAUGAACCUUCAACCAGCCAAUAGUAGAUCCAAAAACCAGGGAAAGUUUGUUUCCCUUUUCUAUACCAUAGUCACCCCACUUUUAAACCCCAUUAUCUACACUCUGAGAAACAAAGAUGUGAAGGGGGCCUUGAGGACCCUGAUACUGGGAAAUGCUGUUGGACAAAGCCACAGGGACUAGGAAACACGGGAAUUCUAAAGAAGCAAAGCACGCCAAGGCAGCGUGAGGGUUCAUCCUCCCCAGACAUUCCUCUUGUCAAUUCCAAAGCCACAGGGACUAGGAAACACCUGGAAUUCUAAAGAAGCAAAGCACGCCAAGGCAGCAUGAGGGUUCAUCCUCCCCAGACAUUCCUCUUGUCAAUCCCAAGACCCUAUGUUCUAUCUGGAAAAAAAUAUUUGUCCACCUGCUAUCAAGCUUCAUGUAUCCAUUAUUUCCUUCUAAUGUGGCAGCCCAUCUGAUAAACUCCUACUAAUGCUUCAAAGCUCAGCUGAAAUGUCACCUGCACUCGCUAGCUGUCCUGAAACACCAUCCUUCUCAUCCUUGUGCAAAAUUAACUGUUUCAUAAUAUAUGUUUCCAUAGCACUUGAUCCACACUACCAUUUCUACAUUUCACAUUUGAGAUAUAUAUAUAUGCGCAAAGCAAUGUAUAUAUAUAACAGACUGAAAAAAUAUAUGACCAUUUUCCUAGAACAUGUCACUUUUAACCAGAGAAUUGAACCAUCCCACUCUAUUGGCUUAUUUACAACACGAGAAACCCAAAUAUUAUUCAGAGUUGUGAUGCUUUGGUUCCACAGAAUUGUGGGAUGAAAAUAAUGACAAAUAUUUUAUUAAAGGAAUCAAAUAAGCAAACUUGCAUUAAGGAGAUUGAUUCAUAUAUUGUUAAUUCCCUUUUUUACUGAAGUGUUUAAAAAUUGAGUAAAAGUGCCAUAUACUGAAAUGUGUUUUAACAUGUUUAUAGAAAAUUCAUAAGUUAUUGUUUCUGGCCUUAAACUCUGGAAAACAAAGUUACUUAUGUAAUUUUAGACUUUAAAAAUUUGAAAUAUGAAUCCCACACACCAUCUCAUGUUAAUGAUCAUAGUUAUAUGUUUGGUUUCCAAAACAGCAAAAAAAAUGAAAUAUUUAGAAGCAUUUUAAUAAAUGUACUCUUAUAUUUGACCAAA